CCCUUCUUUUGCAUCUGGUUUUGAUGAUCCCAUGAGUUUAACUGGUUUUGCUUUUUUGAGCAUGAGUAGGGAAAGAAAUUGAUAUUUUAGCAUUGGGGGAGUCCACACAGAAAUUCUGGAAAUACAAGAAAAGGAAACCCGGUGAAUGGAACAGGAAAGCAGUGGAAAUACCACCAAUAGAUUUGGCCAAGCAGAAUAAAGAAUAUCAAGAAUGGAGGAUAAAAUUGACUGUAUUCAAACUCAAUAAGAAUUUUUUUUAAUGCGUAUCACACUGUCCAGCAAGUCUGGGAUGCAAUCAAAAGACCAAACCAAAGAAUGCACAGAAGAAGGAGCUGAAACACUGAAGAUAGAGAAUUUGUCUAUUAGUUGAAUCCGAGGGUCCCUGCUGUAAACAUUAUUUUAAGAUGUGUUAGAUUUUUUUUGUGCUGUAGAACAUUCUUUAAUGAUGCAAAGAUGUGUUGCAUUCUUUUAUGUUGCAUUUGUUUAAUUCUGUGAAGCUGUGUUACUUUGUCUGUCUGAAACAUCUGACUGGUCUAAUAAAGAGCUGAGCAGCUGAUAGCUAGGCGGGAGAAAGGAAAGGCGGGGCUGCCAGGCAGAGGGAACAAAUGGCAGGGAAAAUCUGGGAGCCAGGUAAGAUAAGCAAGAGAGAAAAAAAGGAGCGAGAAAAGAAGGGGUCAGCCACCCAACCAGACAUGGAAUAGGAAGAAAGGAUGUGCAUAAACAUUGAACUUCAGGUCCCAGUGUCAGAUUCUUGAGUAGACAAUCAGUCAUUAAGUAUUUAUGCACAGUACACGCUGAAAGAGCAGUGUGCAUUUUCCUCCUCAACGCCUCUCCAUCCCCGAGUAAUAAGAAGCCGGCUUUACUCUUCAAGCGCUUUCCCAGAUGCUGUUAAAGCCCCGAUGUCCAAGUCAUGUGGCAAGCCUGUCACUGCCCAGGGAAAUUUUAAAGUUCCCGUCAAAACCUUGCAGCUUACAAGCAAGUCAUGGUGAUGGGUGGAGGAGGUUACCAUGGAGACAGGUCCAGGGCCAGGGGCUCGGGAUGGGGAGGCCCGGGUUCAGCUUCCCAUUGGCUCUAUGGACGCGCAGCGUUCCAGUAGCACAUGCGCAGUGGCGCCGAGGCGAGGUCGCUGCGAAGCCCAGGCUCUGGGGGUUCCGGCCCGGGCCUCUGGGGACCGAGCUGGGACUGGCGCGUCCUGGCGGCUCCCGGCUCCUCCCGGAGGGGAAAGCGGUGAAGCUGAGUCCCCCGUGCAACUCCGGGUCGAGCCUGCCACGCAGGCGCCGGCCACGCCGCCGCCAUUGUUGCCCGUGCUGCGUGGACGGGGCCGAGCGACAGCUUGUGUGUCAAGUUGAUGUAAGAGUAGCCAGCACAGAGGCUAUUGGUGAAAGGACAACCCAGUGUCAGCAGGAGACCCUAGCAUUUUUGAGUACCAUGGGGUGAUCACCGAGAUACAGCAGCAGCAGUGGAGUGAAGCCAGCGGGAGCCUAGAAGACGAGCUUUGUGUGCUGCAGAGGACAGAGUCAGAAGUGACCCAGGCCUUUUGGAGGAGCCCAGAAGAGUGGUCUCCUUCGUCAUUUCAAGUUCUGGACUCAGAAUCUGUUAUAAGCUGCUAGCUUUUCUGUGGUUCCAUUCUGGCCUUGGUUGCAGCAGCCCCUGAGGGAAAAAAAUUAUUAUGACGGUAGCAUGAGUCUUCAAGCAAUUGGCUCAAUACUGAAAAAAUAAAGGAUCCUACCAGAUUGGUUCUCCCGUCUAUAGCAAUGUUAGCCUCAAGAAAGAGGAUGGCCAAUUCUUCGCGCUCACAAGUCUUUCUAAUGUGGAAGCCAGACAAGGUUCAAAACGGGCCCUGCAGUGUUGAGAAGCAAACACUCACUUCAAGACUCUUGCAUGACACUGAGACCUGUCGACAGAAUUUUAGGAAUUUUCCAUACCCAGAUGUGGCGGGUCCUCGGAAAGCACUUAGUCAGCUCCGAGAGCUCUGCCGUCAGUGGCUGAGACCCGAGGUUCACUCCAAGGAGCAGAUCCUGGAGCUGCUGGUGCUGGAGCAGUUCCUGACCAUCCUGCCCGGGGAGCUCAGGGCUUGGGUAAAGUCUCAGUGCCCAGAGAACACUGAGGAAGUGGUGACUCUGGUGGAGGAUUUAACGCAGAUUCUAGAAGAGGAAGCUCCUCAGAAUUCUGCCCUUCCCCAAGAAAUCCCAGAGGAAGACCCCAAACAUGCUUUCCAGGCAGGGUGGCUCAAUGACUUGGUGACCAAAGAAUCAGUGACAUUCACAGAUGUGGCCGUGGAGAUCACCCAGGAGGACUGGGAACUGAUGCGCCCCGUUCAGAAGGAACUGUAUAAGACCGUGACUUUGCAGAACUAUUGGAACAUGGUUUCUCUAGGACUGACUGUCUACAGGCCAACUGUGAUUCCCAUCUUAGAAGAGCCGUGGAUGGUGAUAAAGGAAAUUGUAGAAGGCCCUAACCCAGAAUGGGAAACAAAAGCCGAAGCACAUAUUCCAUUAAAGGAUCCUCCUAAAUUCAAACAGGAUGGAACCCAGACCAUCAAAUUGGAAGAAGUCUAUGACUGUGAUGACAGAUUAGAGAGGCAAUCAGUGUAUGACUUCAGGAAGAUUCACCUGGAUGAAAGAGACUUCAGUUUGAAGUCAGAACGUUCAGAAGAAGACCCUACAGAAGACUAUCUUAGUAAAUACGAUAUAUAUAAAAAUAACUUUGAAAAGCACACAAACCUGAUUGUACAGUUUGAUACCCAAUCAGAUAAUAAAACUUCUCUGUAUGAUGAAAGCAAGCCAACAUUCACUACUGUCUCAUCUGGUGUUGUGCAUGGGAAAAUACUUCCUGGAGAUAAGCCUUAUUCGUGUAAUGUCUGUGGAAAAAAAUUUAGGAAAUACCCAUCCCUCCUGGCACACCGAAAUAGCCAUGCCAAAGAGAAUUCGUAUGAAUGUGAAGAAUGUGGGAAAGAGUUUAAGCACAUCUCUUCCCUCAUUGCACAUCAGAGAAUGCAUACUGGAGAAAAACCUUAUGAAUGUCACCAGUGUGGCAAAGCCUUCAGCCAGCGGGCACACCUCACUAUACACCAGAGAAUCCAUACUGGAGAAAAGCCCUACAAGUGUGAUGAAUGCGGAAAAGACUUUAGUCAGCGUGCACAUCUUACCAUACAUCAAAGGACGCACACUGGUGAGAAACCAUAUAAAUGUCUGGAAUGCAGUAAAACCUUUAGUCAUAGUUCAUCGUUGAUUAAUCACCAGAGAAUUCACACUGGAGAAAAACCUUACAUAUGCAAUGAGUGUGGGAAAACGUUCAGUCAGAGUACACACCUCCUCCAACACCAAAAAAUCCAUACUGGGAAAAAACCAUACAAGUGCAAUGAGUGUUGGAAGGUGUUUAGUCAGAGCACUUACCUGAUUCGACAUCAGAGGAUUCAUUCUGGGGAGAAAUGCUAUAAAUGCAAUGAGUGUGGAAAGGCUUUUGCUCAUUCCUCAACUCUCAUACAACACCAAACUAUCCACACUGGCGAGAAGUCCUAUAUCUGUAAGGUGUGUGGGAAAGCCUUCAGCCAGAGUGCAAAUCUUACUCAGCACCAUAGAACACACACUGGAGAGAAGCCGUAUAAAUGUAGCGUGUGCGGGAAAGCCUUCAGCCAGAGCGUGCACCUUACUCAGCACCAGAGGAUCCACAAUGGAGAAAAGCCCUUUAAAUGUAACGUAUGUGGGAAAGCGUACAGACAAGGUGCAAAUCUUACUCAGCAUCAAAGGAUUCAUACUGGAGAGAAACCCUAUAAGUGUCAUCAGUGUGGGAAAGCUUUUAUUUAUUCUUCAUCGCUUAAUCAACACCGAAGAACUCACACUGGAGAGAGACCCUAUAAAUGUAAUCACUGUAACAAAGAUUUUAGCCAGAGAACUUGCCUUAUUCAACACCAGAGAAUUCACACCGGAGAGAAGCCCUAUGUGUGCCGAAUAUGUGGGAAAUCCUUCACCCAGAGUACCAAUCUUAUUCAGCAUCAACGUGUUCAUACGGGUGUCAGGCACCGCAGCAGGUGCCAGAUACCACAACUAAUGGAUAUGACUUUGUUUAAGCUUUAAAACUUGAUUGCUUAAGUUUCAUUUCGUGUGCUGUGUCAGACUAUUCAAGAGAAAGCUGAAGUGCAAUAUGCUGAUGCCACAGUAUCAGGAGUCCCAGAAUUAGCAAAGUGGCUCUCGUCCAUUUAGAUUUUAGUGUGAAACCUGAAUAUCCAUCAACUGCUUAGCUGUUGUAUCACUUGAAUUCAUUCCAGAAAUACUAUGAAAGGAUAUUUUAAAAUCUGUGACUCAUCAACUCUUAGUAUGUGUCAAGUAUGUUUUAUUGAGGCCUUAUGACUAUAACCUGGGCAAGUGUCCGUCCAAGUAGACCUCACACUAGAGAGUAAUCCUGACAUUAUAGGAAAGAAGACAGAUGUUCUGGAGCCUCGGCUUCAUCCUAGCUUUGAAGCCUUAAAAUAAGUAAAAGGUCCAUCCCAUUUUUUGGCUUCUUUUCCCAUUACAACUAGAGGAUGAGACCCGAAAGGAUCUCCAAAGAUUUCUCCAUGACCACUGCUAACUGCACGUCCUCCAGGAAGAGGGGCAGUCUGACAAGGUAGAGGAUCAGUGCAUCCUUGACACGAACAAACUCAAACAGGCACAGAUUAAACACCCCCAAGUUUAAAUCAUCUUUAGCACAACCAGAUUCCUGGAUUCUUAGUUUCGCUUGGUUUUUGACAGCCAGCAUCCCCCUGAAGAAAACAAUGACAGGUUUACCAUUCCCAUUUUUUUUCCAGCAAGCUUUUAAAUUGAGAAGUUUCUCCGUGGCUCUUAAUGUAGCUAAGCCAUUUCUUUCAUUGAAAUACAUUUCCUGAGGGCCUUCUGUGCUCAAGACAAACUUUGAACCUUUUCCAUUAACAAAGAUCUUUAGAGUAAAGAAAAGGGAAGGACAUGCUCCUAACUACUUUGCCACGGAACAAGCAUAAUCCUACCUAAGUAAGUUGCCAAUGCUACCCAUAAGCCAAGUUGAGUGAGCAAUGAACAUAGCUUUACAAAUAACGUGAGACUAAGUGAUAGAAAAGGCUCCAGUCCAGUGCAGAGGUGGCGAGGGAAAACCAGGCUGUAAAGGAGCGAGGAAGGGAAUUAUGUAAGCAGCUGUGUGACAUGAAAUAUAACUGGACCCCUUUACCUAAGGAAAUAACAGUGGUAAAAGAAAAAUUAGCCUGUUUAUAGGAAGCUAAAAAGGAAAUUAUUUUCAGCAAAAACUGGAAUCCUAGUACUCCUUCACACAUAGAAGUAAUUAAAAUAGAAAUUACAUUUAAUGUGUUAGGAAAAUAUUUCAUUGGGAAAAGCCUUGGUGCAGAAACUAUCAUUAAUCAGUAAUCACUGAACAAUAACUGAGAUCAUGGGUCUUAAAAAGAUUGGCAGGAAUCGGUUUUUUAAGUUGCUGUUGUAUUUACUGCCCGUAGCAUCACACUGUGAAAUGUAGAGCAGGGCUCCAGUUUGCUCGUUCUUGUUCCUCCAGUGCCUUGCAUAGGAUCAGUGUGCAUUGGCUGAAUUGAUGGGUAAAUUGUGUGAAUUAGAGUUGAGUGGUAAAGUAGAACCACAGACGUGAAGGGAAAUUGGCGAGACUGAAAAACAACUGUGUCCCUGCAUCACGUGGUUAACAAAUACCAUUGACUGUGUAAUAACAGCUUAAGAAUGGAGCAUCGGAAGCUGUGGGACAUCAUUGCCCAAUGAAAGUUUCCUUAGCUAAAUGAGAAGAAACAAAUUCUGGUACCAUAAAUAACCUCAGCUUAUAUUGACAACACAGCAUCAACUAGACACCACAGGAGGGGUUGAAGAAAGGUUGAGGUGCUGGCAUCCUGAGGCUCUCUUUGUGGGAGUGGGUUUUAUGUUUGUUUUUGUUGGUUUUGGUUUUUUGUUUGUUGGUUGGUUGGUUGGUUGGGUUUUUUGUUUUGUUUUUUUUGAUACAGGAUUUCACUGUGUAGCCCUGGCUGUCCUGGAACUCGCCCUAUAGACCAAGAUGCCUCUCUGCCUCCCUAGUGCUGGGAUUAAAGGUGUGUCCCCACCAGCUGCCUUCACCACCGCCACCACCCAGCUGUGUUCUUAAUGAAACUGUCACUUUCUCCUUUCCUGACAUUAGUUAUCCUUGACUUCAUAGUAUUCAUAAAAUACUGGUUUAAAAAUACUUAGAUUAUGCUCAUUCUGCAGUUCUGUUAAGAAUAGCGACUGUGUUUUCUAGAUGGGUCUUGAUGUUGCUUCAUGCCUUGCAUAAAGCUUCUUUCUGCUGGGAUGAAGAUGGUGUGGUGCAGGCCCUGGGCGCUGCUUUGUGUUUCCUGCCUUCAUGUGUUUCUGUAAAUAACCUAAAGUCUUCCACUGCCACACAGAGGCAAGUAAGGCUUCUAUAAAAAAAAAAAUAGAUAAUAGUACAGAAUCCUGUCUUUAUGUGUGUUUCCCUCACUUUAAAGUUGUCUGGCCCAU